GCCAGCAACUCGAGCACUCGACUACCGCACGCCCUGGCCAUGUCUCGCGCGCUCGCCCUCGCGGCCCUCCUGCUGCUCGCCGCCCUCGCCGCGGCGCCGCUCGCCGCCGCGGACAGCAGCCCGGAGUCCAUCCCCUUCGCCAAGGAGGUCGCCGGCGGGGCCGAGGCGGCCAAGAGCGCCGGCACCCAGGCCGCCUCGGCGGUCGCCGGGGGCGCUACCCCGCCCGUGGACCCCGACCCGACCAGCGGCAUCAAGGCCGACCCCGCGCCCGCCAGGCGCUGAACCGUGGGCCGAUCUUCGUUCGAUCACUUCCUUUUCUUCCAAGAUGAUGAGUUUGUGAUCCGUGCGCGCUAGUGUCGCGCAUGCGUGUCGGUUAAUAAUUUUAGUGCUGCGCUUUUUAGUUGAUUGAUCUUUUCCAUCGGUGAUUUUGUAAGUGUGGAUGUGCCACGCAGACCUGACCGGCAUUUCCCGGUCGGGUGCUUGCGUUCUUCUGACGUGAAAUAAAACUGGAUUCAGAAGGAAAACUUGUCGUUUCAUUCGACGUCUCAGAUCGAUCUUUUGGCGUUUUAUACUUACAUUUCAGACCGAUGUGUACAAUGGUCCAUUGAUAUAAGACCAAUUCUAGCAAAGUUGU